AUGGCAGGUGCAGUUGGUACCUGGGCUAUAGCUUUGUCAGAUGACGGACAGUACCUUGCUGGUGUCACCCAGGAUGGUCACAUCAGAGUAUGGGAUCUCAAUACUAGCGGCGAGUUGAUUCGGGACUAUGAAACCAAGGGUAGUUUUGGCACUUGCUUGGACAUGUCCGUGGAUGGCCGCCUUAUUGCCAGUGGGCAUGAGAAUGGCAGUGUCUACAUCUUCAGUACCGAAACUGGGCGAAUGCCAUUCAGCUUGUCAGGUCUGGUCAAGCCAGUACGGACUGUUGCAUUCUCUCCUGGAGGGAAGCUGCUUGCUGCCGCUGGAGAUUCAAGGGUGAUUGUGCUUUAUGACACUUCAUCUGGAGAGCAGGUUGCAAAUCUCUCGGGUCACUCAGCCUGGAUUCUUUCACUUUCUUGGAGCCAUACAGGGGAGUACCUGUUGAGCAGCUCAUUUGACGGGAAAGUUAAAGUCUGGUCCAUUGAUACAAGGUCGUGCGUGGCAACUCAUUCAGAAACGGAGAAGGCGGUUUGGAGCGCCAAAUGGCUACCAAAGACUGGGCGGUCUGAAGGAUUUGCUACUGCUGGAGCAAGCCGAAGCAUAGCUUUCUAUCGCGAAGCAACUGGUGGCUGA